GUGCCACCUGUCAGUGUCCAUCAGUGCCAGCUGUCAGUGCUGAACAGUGCCACGUGCCAGUGCCCCCAUCAGUGCCAGUCAGUGCCACCUAUCACUGCCAAUCAGUGCCACAUAUCAGUGCUGCCAAUCAGUGCCACCUAUCAGUGCUCAGUCGUCUAUCAGUGCCAGUCAGUGCCGCCUAUCAUUGUGCAUCAGUGCCAGUCAGUGCCACCUAACAGUGACAGUCAGUGCCACCUAACAGUGACAGUCAGUGCCACCUAACAGUGACAGUCAGUGCCACCUAACAGUGCCAUAUAUCAGUGCUGCCUUUCAGUACCUAUCAGUGAUGCCUGUCAAUGCCCAUCAGUGCCACCUACCAGUGCCUCCUCAUCAGUGCCACCUAUCAGUGUUCAUCAGUGCAGCCUAUCAG